UUUUACUAUCCACCACUUGGGCUCUGUGGCAAUGAAACGUAGCCUACUAGGUGUAGUUUAGAGUGUCUGCGGUGUUUUGCAGAGGUGGUUCCAUGUAGCUCCAGUCACAAAUUAGGAGUUUUGAAGCGAGAAAUUAUCGUUCAUUGACUUGAGGAAGAGAGUGCGGUUUCAAUCAAAAGCUGCAGUGAUAGAUAGAUGCACGUACUAGAGUGUGUGUAGCUUUAAAACAACAAACAAAACAUGUUUCCCACCCACACAGCGCAAAGCAGAAUGAAAGCAUUGCACUGUAUUCUACCCACCCAACGCACACUACUGCGAUGGGUCGUCUUUUUUAUGUUUCUUUUUCCCGAUUCAGCAUAAAAUGUUGCAAUUGUUUCCUUGGUGAUUUCGGCAUCUGGUGGGAUGAACACCCGUCUCGGACCGUCAUUCGUCUAAUGCUUUAAUAUUUAAUGUUAUGACUGCUUUUAGCACUUGUAAAAAUCGAUCGCCUAUGGGGAAAUGGAUCGCAAAACUUGUCAGUCACGUUUCAUCGCUAGUAUCGCGGAAGAUUCCUUAGACGGGAGGAAUUCCAUUCAGUUAAAAAUCCGAGAAGUAAUAUGAUUCACAACGUGUGCGCUGAGUGCGAGCGUGAGACGGACCAGAAAGAAAGAAAUCUAGACUAUGUUUACUAUAUGUGCGUGUUUUGUCUUUCCAAGUCUAUGCAGUAGUGCGCGGAGAUUGCAAUGGUUGAUUUAGUGGAGAAUCAGAGCGUAUCGAGUCAUCAUUGCUGCCGACGUCUCUGCAAAAUCGUUCAAUCUAGUAAUCGUUGUUUUCCAGAGAACUGCAACAAGGCCACCUAUGUUGGCAUGUGGAGAAUGUGCUUGUAAAAAGGCGAUCGCAAAGAGUGGGAUUAGUCUUUUUGUAAAAAUAAAAAAAAAGAAACAAGAGAAGAGAAAGAUUAACAACUACAUACAGGCUUAGCAAUGCAGGACAGUGUUAACGUGUUGAACGAUGGUGAUGACGGUUCUAAUCCUACGGAAGCGAGAAAUGGCAACGAUAUCGAUCUGAACAGCGCGAACGAAGACAGUUUCCGGGAGAAAAUCAGCGAAUGCAUUCGCAUUAAGCAAAGCCUAGGCGCCUCGUCGUUUGCCAGUGAUAGAAAUAUUCGACCCGCUUCCUUACCAAUUAAAAAGUGUUUCAAUUACAACGAAGAUGGUGCUGGUGUUGGUAGUAGCAAUGGCAAAGUGGACACUCAAGGCGAAUUAAGCUUGCAGGGGCUGCUGAAUCAGUCGCGAGCCGAGACGGCAACGACAUUCCUCAGCCCAAGUGAAGGCCAAUUUUGGAAGCGCUAUGCUGAGGUGUCAAAGUUCACGAAAGACAAUAGCAAUAGCAGCAGCGGUGGUGGUGGUGAAUGGGCUGCGAAGAACCGUCGAAGAUCGGAUACAUCGUUUAUGUUAGCGAAGCAGCGAUUAUCGUCUUUUGGUGUAGGAGAGCAUACGACAAAUGCCGAGACAAUGGACGAUGAUUUAGCGCCGCUCUUGCCCAGUAAAAGAGAGCUGUCGCAGGAGGACAUCUAUCAAUCACAAACAUCGUUGGUCUCCAGCUCGGAGGGCGGCAUCCUAGCCGAGGGGGAGGAAACGUCCAGUGAAUCGCAGGCAUCGGACAAUUCACGCAGUCCGGCAUGUGUUCUGGGUCUAGUCGAACGGUUACUGCGAACCCACCCGGUUUGGUUUCUACCGGGAAUCCAGCGUUCCGGUGCCGUUCAUCUACUGCAAGGAAAAGAGGAAGGGAAUUUCAUUGUUCGUGGUUCCAGUCAGUCGAAAACCAUGGCCGUCUCCGUUCGUCUUCCCCUGGAAACCGGUCCGUACAUUGAGCACUACUUGAUUCAAUCGAACGAUGGCCUACUGAGUUUGGAAAGCUCGCGCUUCAAAUUCGACUCCAUCCCAGCGCUCAUAGCCCACUACUCGCAGUGUUGUGAUGAACUACCGGUACAACUGUGUCUUCCGAAAGCACUGCGAGAAGCGAGAAACCGGCAGCAGCUUUCCUCGCUAGCAUUGCUAGGGCAGGAAUUCUGGCGAUACCCUAUGGCAUCGCCAAAACCGCGAACCGUACUAUCAGCCAAUUCUAGUCACCUGAACACUCCUUCCGAUGCAACACAGUCCAGCGGCAUCGGCUUGACGUUCAACAACAAUAGGAAUCAGUCGAGUUUCAACAAUUUCGGUCCGGAUAGUAUCAAUCCCAACUUUGUCGGGCCUGGCGAAACUCCCACGGAUACGAUAUCGACGCUGAGCAGCUUCACAAUUGGACCGGGUCAUCAACUUAUGAGUCCGGAGUCGAUAGACAGUGCAGUGGUAGUUUCUCCAUCAGAUCCGAAUCAAACCGGAAUAAUCGGGAAAACCAGCACCUUCAAAUCGAAGCGACCGCUGCCUUCACCAACCGUGGUUUCCUGCGAUGUUGAGAAGCAGAUUGAAAUCUUCAAUGCCAACUUGUUUGGCAGCACGGAUUCUAGGAUAAAUGAAACAAUGAAUUCCGGUACCUUGGAACGGCAGCUUAAGACUCCGCGGCCUACACCGCCCAAUACUCUGAACAUAAAACCCAUAAGAAGUCCUCCGGCACCGCCUGCUAGGCGACUGAAGCCACCCAGUGCUGCCAGUACACCGAACGAUUCCAAUUCAAUGUUUUCCAACAAUAUCACCGUGACAACGACGGUAACAUUCAGCGUCGACAACCACACGAAUGCGCAAAUCAUUGAACUGGUAUCGCCUAAUGAGAAUAACAAUAACGGUACCGGUAAAAGUUUUACAACGUUCCAGAGUUCCUUGAAGCGUCUUCCACCGGACGGAGAGUGUCAUAUUCCUGGUUCGUUCCUCAAGAACCAGGAAAUAGAUGACAGGACAUCCGACACAUCGGAGAGUAAUCUCAUGGCUAUUCAAUCACCGUUGGGCAGCAAUGGAAAUCCGUUAUCGUUUCGGAAAAAUACUAAGAUGGAGUCCAGUUCCGGUUUGUUCCAUUCGACGCGUACUAGCAGGCGCAGCAAACGGAAGGAGUCGAAACAUUAUCAGGAAUCCGAUAUUUUGGAAUCCCCUUCGGUGUACUGUCGAAGCAAUCUGGGUGAUAAAAUCAGUGAUUAUGAAGACCUGUGGACGCAGGACAGCAACGGGAAUACCACACUCAUAAAAGUGGAUAAAAUGUCUAGUUUUAAGACCGUUCACGAUUUGCUAUCACCAGCUCAAGAAACAUUCAGUCCUUCGGUGAUUGAUCGGCCAAUUGUGCCGUACAACGAUCCACCAACCAUUCCAACCGACGUGCAAAAGUCAUCUUUGAUCUCGUCUUUCAGCAGCAGCGAAAAUGUCAUUCAGUUGCGACAGCAUCGGGAUGCGAGUAGUGAUCGAAGCACCCCUACCGAAUUCAAUCAUCGAAAUGUGCUGAAAACGUUCUCACCUACUUCGAUGCACGAAAAGCCACUGCACAAUCCAAUGCUUGAGCCUCGAUAUCGGAUGGGUCUAUGUUUUCCCAAUCGGUACGAUGCGAACGGGAACGAUCACCACCGGACGGAGACGCCUCCGUUGUUGAACAAUGGCGGUGCGACGGGCCCGUCGAGUAAACAGGACAGUCCAUUCUACGCUGAUCCGGCCGAUGUACUGAACAGUAUUGUGAGGAGAAGUCCCUUCAACAGAUCGACGAUGUUGCCCAGCAAUCAGAGGCAUUCGGAGCCUCCGAAGCAGCACCUGAUCGAUGCCCAUUCGCCGUUGAUGUGGGCAUCGGCGGAACAGGAUAUAAGGCAGAAGAAUCUAAUGGCGGCAUCGCUCGAUGAACUGAAAAAUACCAGAAACAUGCAACAACAACAGCAACAGCAGCAUAGCAGACUAACUCAGACGGACAAGCUGAACUUUGAGCGGCUGUCGCUCGAGCAAACGGAAAACAAUGACUAUGAUAAUGACUUACGCUGGCUGAGUGAACAAACAAAACCCAAAACUCCCCAACUGACACCAAUGGAAGCGAUGGUCCAGAGGAAUGUGAAAAUACUGCAACCCGACGAAUGCCGGACGGUAACCGUUCAUCAGAUAAUAGCCAAACGAUUGCCACAUCUUGACUUGCCAGAAUUCCCUUCGAACAGCAAUGGGGCCGAGUCAAGCAGGACUCACUUAAUUGAGAAUAGCACCGGUACACUGACCAGAACUCAGCGAAAAUCGGCUUAUGACAAUGUGGAGAAACAGGCUGCAGGAUAUGCGACGUCCCUACUGAACAGUGCACAGUCCGACGACGGCACGGUAUUCUCCGAACCGUGGGAUAGUUCUCAAUGGGACAGUUUUCUACCUCAGGACAACAAUGCCGAUACCAUGCCAGUGGGGGACGUCCACGGUGGUGGCGGUGGUAGACUAUCCGAACGAUGCGGAUCACGGAAUGAGCUGUCGUCCUAUAACAGUAUGUCGUUGCGUCGCGAUGGAAGAUCGAAAAAGUGCAAUACCACGUCGCAGAAGGUUGCCACGAUACUGCGGUCCAGAAGCUGCCGGGAUCGAGAGAUACUAUGCCAUCCUCGCAAUAAGACUGUGUUCAGCGGUCCCGGCGAAUCGAUCGGAACGUAUGCCCUAUCGCUGGCCGAUGAUACGGAGUCGACCUUCUCGCGGAAUAUAUCAAACUUCAUAUCAUGCACCAAAGAGUCGAAAGCUGCCCCGCAGGUCGUGAUGCGGAAUAUGCGGCAGUUUAUGAGCGGGAUGAAGAACUACCUGGUCAAGCACGGGGAGGGCGAAUUUGCCAACGAGGUGCAAAAGGCGCGUUCUCAGCUGAAGUCGGACGAGUUCCUUAAUCUAGAUUCGAUACUGGAGGAAGUGAUGCACCGGUUGGUGAUUUUGCCACUGCGCGAGCAUCUAUAUGGGCUGUUUGUCGAUUACUACACCCAAUCGGGUGACAUCCAGCUGCUGGUGGAGAAGGUCAAGCAGGCCUCCGGACGGGGUCCGUUGGUGUUUGGAAUCAAGUUUACUCCAUUGCAGAACACCGUUACUCCACCGAGUCCGAGUGCCCUCCGGCAAAUUUCCGCUCUAUUCGUGCGGCUUCAAGAAACGGAACUGCCCCUCGAGAAGCUGGAUCUUCUGCUGACGGCCGUGUCUACGAUCUUCGAAGCCACAUCCUGCUACAACGGACAACAGCUGAGUGCGGAUGACUUUCUACCAGUAUUAGUGCUCGUGGUGGCCCACUGCGGCUUCAUCGGAGCCGAAAUCGAAGCCGAGUACAUGUGGGGACUGAUUCAACCAUCACUGCUGAGCGGGGAGGCGGGAUACUACCUGACGGCUCUGUGCAGUGCCGUGCAUGUGCUGAAGAACUUUUCCCUGCAUGAUAACGAGGGACUUACCGGAUCGGUGGAGUGGACCUCAUCAACUCUUCCGGAAUGUUCGUCCGUGUUGAGGGUAAUCAUACCGGACGAGUACAACGGAUCGAUCCAGACGCGCACGUUACCAAUCAGGCCGCAUACAACGACAAGGGAGGUGUGCCGGAUCAUAGCUCACAAGGCGCGAAUAACCAAUGCACAGGACUACGGACUUUUCAAACUGAUAGACGGAGAAGAAACCCUCCUGCAAGAUAACGAGUGUCCCCAGGAUGUGCGUAUGGCAGCGUGCGGAAAACACUGCAUGAUCGCAUACAAACGGGUGGACGCGAAAAUUGCCUGGCCUACUGUAAUGCCAACGAGUUUGACUGAUAAUCAAUAGCAUUAUUAGCUUUUAGUCUUCGAUUGCAAGCAUGUGAAAAAAUAUACAUAGACGUUUUUUUUUAUUUAUUUGACCAAACAAAAAAACAACAAGCAUUAUACAUAUACAUGAUAUGGUUUCGUAAAGUGAACACUAUUCUAAGUAAAAAUUGGGUCCCAAGUAGUUGGGAAACUCUACUGUGACAAAUAAGGGUCUAUUUUGAGGAUUGUUUGGCUCUCUCACUCUCUUUGGGCGUUAGUGACAUUUAGUACCCCCACCCCCUCCUCUUCCCCUUUGUGCACAUAUUGAAUUCCUCGUAGUAUAUGUAGUGAGUCAGCUGACAGUGACGGAAGGUCCGACGUUUAAGUAGGAAUGAAAAGUGCGGUGCAAAGUGAUGUUGUGACGAUAAUUUGUUUGGGAAAUGAGUCUAUAAUUUGAAGGUUUACCAUUAUUUGAUUUUUUUCGGAGGGAAAAGCACAACUGUUUUGGUUGUUUGGGUUUUACUAUCAGCUCGACUGUCAAAUUCAAAAGAAACUCGCUUUGAUGAUUUAAUUUCGAAAGAAAGGUUUGAAUAUUUGUGGAACAUGUUUCAUCAAGAGAAUUUUUGGAUUCGAUCUGUAGGUGGAGUGAUUUUCCUCUCCAGGCUAUUUGGACUACGCC